AUGACCAAUAACGAUGAGCAGCUAUCGCAAACAGCAGCUCGUCUAUCCAUAUCCACAGAUGAUAAAAGUGUGAUCAAACAGGUUCGAGACUUUUUGGCCGACCAAUCGCCGAAAAGACGAGAUUCUGCAGUUUCCAUCACCUCGAUCGACGAAGAACCAAAACACAAUGGUGUAAUCGAACCACCCAACGGAAACCGGGAAGUUUCCGAAAACGUUUCUUCAAAACAUAGAAAAAAGGCUAGACGCAGAAGACGAUCCUCUGCUCAGUCUAGUUCCGAGCCUAGAGCAGAGAAGGUUCACAAGAAGAAGCUUAAAAGGGAUAACGAACCCGUGAGCAUUGUUUACGAUGAAAGUUGUGGUAAAGCUCUAGCCAUGGCUCAAUUUCGGACUCUUCUUCAUUCCAUCGUUCUGGGCACACCUGCUCAGGGCCAGAGAUUAGUGAAAGUCAACAAGCCCACAAAGGUUACAAAGGUUGUUUUUGCUUUUGUGCCCGGUUUGCGGCCGAGCGAUUUCAACGUUGUUAAAUCUAGCGAAGAGCCUUUGUUGCAGCCAAUGGUCAAAGAAAACGAGACAAAAAUGGCAUUUUUCUAUAAUGUGUUUGACUAUCUCAUGCCUUUAACUAUAAGCGGGAGCAAGGACUCAAUUUAUCUGUGCUCGCAAACAUUGAUCAAUUUUGGUCUUUCAAAAAAAGAGAAAAAACAGAGGGCAGAAGAGCUGCGACAAACAAAACUUGUCUUGUACGAUCUACUUUUAACCCGGGACCAAAUGGAAAAGUCAAAUUACCCUAUACAUAGUCUGCAGUCUGGGGAAGAGUCUGUUGAGGAAGGAUGGGUCGAAACUACGAAUUUUGAGCAUGAUGGAUCGCACACAUUUGCUCUAGACUGCGAGUUUUGUGAAUCUCUGUCAGGAAAAGUAUUGACUCGAAUUUCUAUCGUCAAUUUCCAAGGUGAAACUGUGUACGACACGUACGUGAAACCCAAGGAAGAGAUCACGGAUUAUGUGACGAGAUAUUCUGGUAUCACUGAGGAAAUAUUGAAGGGCGUGACUACAACACUAGCAGACGUGCAAGCGAAAGUUUUGGAUACAGUUUCGAGCAGUGACAUUCUCAUAGGCCAUUCUUUGGACUCAGAUUUACGUGUUUUGAAAGUAAAGCAUCCACGUGUAAUUGAUACUGCCAUCAUUUAUGAUCACCAUAGGGGCCCACCCUCCAAGCCGGGUUUAAAGUGGCUCUCUGCCACUUUUCUUAGCCGUUCCAUUCAACAAGGCGAACAAACUGGUGCAGGGCACUCUUCUGUGGAAGAUCUGUUGGCAUGUUUGGAUUUGGUCAAGAUGAAGUUGGUCGAAGGGCCCGAAUUUGGCAGAGUUCCUAGGGAAGUGACACUUUUCGAGAAGCUCAGGGAAGAAAAAGUAGAUAAGUUGUCGACCAUAAUUGACCACUCGCCGGCAUUAUGGGGCCCAUAUAUCUGGGAGCAGCCAAACCUUCGCGUUUUGUCAGUUUCAGACGAUGAUGAAGUCGCUGAAGAAGCUGUAAAUGCGGUUAAGGAUUCAGAUUUAUUACUUUUGAGAUUCAAGGAAAUCGAUUUCAACUCAGGUGCCGUUGCUGUACCCUCUCUGUUUAAGGGCAAAUUGUACUCAGAAUUGGACAACACAAGACAUGCCAAGGCAACACUAACAGAAGAAAAUCGUUUAGAACUUCUUGGCCGAUUGAAUGAAAGACUCCAAAAAGUAUUUGAUAGCCUUCCGUCGGAUUCUGUGUUCAUUGUGGCUAGCGAGGGAAGCGACUCGAGAGAAAUGAUGAACUUGCAGAGGGUGCGGCGGAAUUUCCAAAACCUUGAGAGAAGCGGAGCGGACUUGAGCUCGCUUCUGCCGGAAGAAUGCUGGGACUUUGAUAAGCUAUCUGCUUUGCAUAGAGCCACUACCGAAGCUCGAAAGGGCAUUGCCUUCGUCGGACGAAAAGAGUAA